AUGGCUGAAUGUAAUAAAAUGGGAAAAAAUGAAACUAUUCCUUGUACUAAUGUAAAUACUGCUGUUUAUUUUGUUGUAGCAAUGAUUGUACCAUUUACUAUUUUAGCCAUUGUAAUUAUUAUAUCUAUUUAUUUUCGAUAUAAAAAUGAACGAUUAAGAAGAGGACUACAACAACAACAACAACAAAAUAAUAUGAUAACAAUAAUUGCGUUUGAUAAUUUCGAUGAACAACAACAACCACAAUCAUUAGAUAAUUAUUCACAUCCACCUCAUUAUACAGCAAUAAAUAAUAAUCUUUAUGAUAAACCACCAACUUAUGAACAAACUGUACGACAGUUAGAAGAGACUAAUGAUAUAUUUGAAGAUGCAGAAGAAAUUCUACCAGUUCCAACAUUUACAUCAUCAACAACACAAUUAGUUCAACCAUUAUGA